AAGAGAAAAGUUAAAGAACUUUUCACUUGCCUUCCAGCGCGGUAAAAGUGUCGUUGUAGUACGUAUAGAUGGUAUAGUAGCUGGAGAAGAAAUUCAGAUUCCUCUUUUCCACAGUUCUUCAGCUGAAUGGUUGAUGCUCUGAUUCCGAUUCCAGAAUCAUUCACUAGAGAGCAUAAAAACUCAGUCGACGAUGCACUGUCUUUUUCCUUCUCUUCUGAGUGACUUUAACCGUUCCUUCUUCGCCCCAUCUUCUCUCACGGGUCUGAAGGGGAUUAUAAAAGCUUCAUCGGAAAAUUCUGGCCGGAGUUUGCCCAGGAAGUCAGCGGAUAGUCGCAGGCCUAGGAAGGCCAUUGUCUCUGCUCGUCGAGCUCAAGAGCAGCGCCUCGUCCAGGAAGAAGCUCCGCAAAUGCUGGAAAGUCUACCAUCACUCAGCGUUUCCCAGGGUGUAGCUCAUCCAUUAGGAGUAUCAGAAGUUGAAAAUGGGAUUAACUUUGCAAUCUUUUCUCGGCAUGCUUCUGGAGUUACUCUCUGCUUAAUCCUUCCUGAGAGGACAAUUUAUGACACCCUUGAUGCUGGGACCUUUGAAUUGGCAUUGGAUCCCCAGACAAACCGAACUGGGGAUAUAUGGCACAUAUGUGUUGAGGAUCUGCCCCGUAGUGGAGUACAUUACGGGUAUCGUAUUGAUGGUCCUCGGAGUUGGAAUCAGGGACAUCGCUUUGAUUAUAGAAAUGUUCUAAUUGAUCCCUAUGCAAAACUAAUUGAAGGCCGUCGGCUAUUCGGAGAUGUUUCCAAUAGGAUGAGCCCAUUUUAUGGAACUUAUGAUUUUGAUAGCUUGCCUUUUGAAUGGGGUGAUAACUAUAAGCUUCCACAUAUUCCUGAGAAAGAUCUUGUGAUAUAUGAGAUGAAUGUCCGUGCCUUUACAGCUGAUGAAGCAAGUGAGCUGGAUCCAGACAUAAGGGGGAGCUACCUUGGUGUGAUAGAAAAGAUUCCACAUCUUUUAGAGCUCGGCAUCAAUGCAGUUGAGUUACUGCCUAUUUUUGAGUUUGAUGAAUUGGAAUUCCAAAGGAGGAUAAAUCCUAGAGACCAUAUGAUCAACACGUGGGGUUAUUCUACAAUAAAUUUCUUUGCUCCAAUGAGUCGUUAUGCAAGUUCUGGUGGGGGCCCUGUUAAUGCUUCUAGGGAGUUUAAAGAAAUGGUUAAAGCAUUGCAUGCUGCAGGAAUAGAGGUCAUCUUAGAUGUUGUCUACAACCAUACAAAUGAAGCUGAUGACGAAAAUCCGUACACAACAUCAUUUCGAGGCAUUGACAACAAGGUUUAUUACAUGGUGGAUGUAGACAACAAACCCCAGUUGCUGAACUACUCAGGCUGUGGAAACACAUUGAAUUGUAACCAUCCUACUGUGAUGGAGCUUAUACUUGACAGCUUGAGGCACUGGGUCGCGGAGUAUCACGUGGAUGGGUUUCGGUUUGAUCUUGCCAGUGUUCUUUGUAGAGGAAUCAAUGGCACUCCACUCGAUUCUCCCCCAAUUAUAAGGGCCAUUGCUAAAGAUAGCGUCCUCUCUAGGUGCAAGAUAAUUGCUGAACCAUGGGAUUGUGGAGGCCUCUAUCUUGUUGGAAAGUUUCCAAACUGGGAUCGAUGGGCCGAGUGGAAUGGUAUUUAUCGUGAUGAUAUAAGAAGAUUUAUGAAGGGUGAUGCCGGCAUGAAAGGAAGUUUUGCAACUCGAGUUUCAGGCAGUGCUGACCUUUAUAAGGUCAACAAGCGAAAGCCAUGCCAUGGUGUCAACUUUGUUAUUGCACAUGAUGGUUUUACUCUCUAUGAUCUUGUAUCAUACAACAGUAAGCACAAUGAUGCCAAUGGUGAAGGUGGCAAUGAUGGAUGUAAUGACAAUUUUAGCUGGAAUUGUGGAGUUGAAGGAGAAACAUCUGAUGCCAAUAUAAAGGCAAUUCGUUCAAGGCAAAUGAAAAAUUUCCACCUUGCACUGAUGAUAUCUCAGGGAACUCCUAUGAUGCUUAUGGGGGAUGAGUAUGGUCAUACCCGUUAUGGAAAUAACAACAGCUAUGGACAUGAUACCGCCAUUAACCAUUUCCAAUGGAGACAGUUGGAAGCCAGGAAGGAUGAUCAGUUCAGGUUUUUCUCAGAGCUGAUAAGAUAUCGUUUGAGCCAUCACCAUUUUAGAAGAGAACAUUUUAUUGGCAAGAAGGAUGUGACAUGGCACGAAGAUAAUUGGGAUAACUAUGAGAGUAAAUUCCUUGCGUUUUCGCUUCAUGAUGGCAAUGGAGACAUUUAUUUGGCAUUCAAUGCACAUCACUACGCUGUUAAAGCUGCAUUACCUUCACCACCAAAUAACAGACAAUGGUACAGAGUGGUGGACACAAACCUUGAGUCUCCUAAUGACUGUGUCAGGGAUGGAGUUCCAGGCCUUCGUGGAACAUAUAACGUUGCACCUUACUCUGCAAUUCUCCUUGAAGCCAAACGUUAAUCAUACUCGGGGUUUGGAACAAGGAGAUGCAAGAAAUCCUACCAAAGGGAAGAAUCUCACACCGACCAGGUUGUCGUUGUGGAUACAAUAAAUGGCAACCUCUGUUUUGUGACCAGUGUUGAUGAUAUGGAAGGCAUGAAAAUUGAAAACCUAUAUCAUGAGGGGCUCACUAUGGCAGAUGGCGUGGCCACCCAAACGUUUACCUUAACUAUGUAAUGCUCUGUAUAGUUUUUUUUUAUUGCAAUUCCUGUGUAUGAUAUCGUGAUGAUGGGAAUACCUAAAAUAAAGCAUCACAUAGUACGAUUAAGCAGCGCUAUAAAAGGCAUGAGCCCUGCUGCCGACCAAGUCCCAGGUCUUAGAAGUUUGGGCUGGUAAUUGGUUAAUAAGAGAUCUAGACAUGAAGCCAAAUGUGAAAGUUCAUAAUAGCACUAGAACUUCCAUAUUUUUAUUUCUAAAAUAGGACUAAUUACUGUUAUGUUUUGGUAGUACCAGACUUCAAACAUGGCAGUAUUUUCCAAACUUGGCAGUAAUUACUCCUAUUUUGGGAAUAAAAAACAUGACAGUCCUAUUUUGGAAUUUCUAAACUCUUUUAGUCCUAUCCCGGAAACUUUCUCAUGAUACUUACCAUAUGGAACUUAAUUUUUCUUUUUGCAAUCAAAUGGAACUCAAUUCCAACUAAAAAA